AUGGUUCGGCUCAGAGUGCGGACUCAGGUUUUGCCCAACUUGGAUCGAGUAGGUUCUAUUUUACUCUCAUUUUGAUUGAUUUCACUUCAGUAUGCCUCGGCGUUGUACUUGAGAGCUCAGCGUCUCCGAUUUUUGCUAUUUUUGAUCGUUGUGACCGUUUUUAUCGUCACAUUCUGGCCAAAACGCGACGAAACGGGUCAAAUGUAAGUCUAGCUUCCCUUUUUACCCAAAAAAUGUUUUUUCCCAUGAAAUUCCAGCUGCAAGCCCGAUUUCGAAGCGAUUUCCCAAAUUCUCCCAGGGCGCGAGCUGCCGACAUCGAUUUUUUCUCUAUUCUCUUUUUUCAGCCUUCUGAUUGAUCCACAAUGUCUACCUCAUGUCGAGAAAAGCGAGCCGUGCCCAGGCCCGGUCCAAGUCGCCUUCACCGGAGCUGCACAAGAUGUUUACAGCGGAUAUAUCAACUUGGACUACGAAAUGCAAGAAGUUUAUGAUCUCACCACCAGUAUCACGUUUAUUCCAACCAAAGCCUUUGCGGAAAAGGACAAAAAAGCUGUCCCGCACGUUUUACCACGGUAAGCACCAUCUACAACUUUGUUUUUUCCUUGUUUUAGACGAAUUUUAUAUUACACUAGAUGCGCAUGAUGUGGAAGUUGAGUUUUGGCAGUUUUUGGACAAAAUCCAGUCGGAAAUUUUCAGAUUCGUCAUCAAGAAGUCCGCAGAAGUUGCUGUUAGUCUAAACGGAGUCUUGAAAGUGCUGGAAAUUGCCGUUCCAGUUGGUUUGGAUCAGUUCCUACGAUUUUGGAAAAAUGGCCGGAAAAUUGAAUGUCUGGGUGAUCUGGAAAGGCCAAAUGGAACCGCACAUGAUGUGAUUAAUAAUGCCGCGUUUGGUUAUGAUAAGUUACGGCAGAGAGCGGAUAUUUAUGGAUCAAAUAUCUUCUUGAUUGGGAAGAGUCUAGAUUGUACGUUUUUUUAUUGUUUAUGUGUAAUUUUAGGGCUAAAAACGAUUUGUUUUAUCGGUUUAUGGCCUCUUACUUUGUUUGAGAGUGUUUCUGAUGAUUUGACGAAAUGUCAAUUUUUUGGACGAAAUGUCACAAAAAUUAUUGGAUUUUGUAAAACACUCUGAAAAUGUGUUUUUGAUGGUUUUAUACUCAACAUAGGCCUCGACACGUAUUUUAAAAUUGAUUUUGCCAAAAAUAGAGCCAUUUUUUAUAUUACACUUGGCUUAUUUCCAGCCUGGUAUCGAAAAUGUCGCCUGGAUUCGCCUCUUCAGGUCGGAAUUUUUGAAGAAGAGUUCUACGACUAUCUGUUGUAUGAUAUAUCACGGCAGUUUGCUGUGAGCAAGGUGGUGGGCAAACGCGACGCCUCGCUUCAACUGAACAUUGAUGUAGACGGAGCUUCGAUUGUCCUCAACCUGUUGUAUAAAAAUUCGGAUGAAGAGGUGAAGUUCGUCGUGGACGACGAGAAAACGCACUUCUUGCCCCGCUAUCAUGAGUUUUGCUCCACUUCCAUAUCAGGAUUUUUGGUCACCGUGCCUUGUGAUGUCUCGAAGGGAAAACGUGCACUCUUCGAAGCAGUUUUUUGA